GUGCAUUGUUAUUUCAACUCGUGAACUGAGCAGUGAAUAUCCGGAGCGAUUUUGCUUCCUUCGAUGUUUCUUCUCAUGUGUGACUGAAAGUGCUACAGAAUGGAUUGCGAAUUUGAAGGGGAACGCAGAUUGGUGUGUAGAUUUGUUUUGCAAACGUAAUUUGGUUUAGGUUUUUGGUGGAAUUUCUUGAGGCUGGUAAACAUUGAGCAAUUUUCACGUAACAACGUGUGCGGAAAGAAAUUUUAGGGUAAUGUGCGUUACUGUGUUGAUUCGCGAAAUCUUCUAACUCCUUUUCAUUAAAAUUUCCGUGUUUAUCGCAGAGGAAACAGAACCGCAGGAAUUAUAACGACGAUACAGAUGACAUUAUUGAAGGAAAGCGUACGUUUAGUGUGGAAGAAAAGCUAAACAGUGAGAAAUUUGCCGAGGGUGAUUUUGUAAAGAGACUCAGUGGAGACGGUUAGUCCAAAGGAAUUAUUUGGCUGAAUAAAAAAAUUGCAGUUGAAAACUCGCUUGCUCACAUAAUGUUUUAUUAUUGUAGAAAUCAACCUAAAGUAUAUACAGGAGAAUGGUUUCACUUCACCAAUUCUAAUAAAAAACACUGAGGGACUUGAUAUGCGGUACGUAUGCAAUCUGUGAAUGCACAAAGCCGAUAGCAUGAUCGUAGGUUUCAGAGAGAAUGUUUGUUUCAAGUUGUCCAGUUUCUCAAUGUUCUCAAGUAAAAGUUCAAUUAUAUUUACUACAUUGUUAUUUAGGGUUCCUAACAAAGAUUUUACAGUCGAAGAUGUGAAGAAUUUCGUCGGUAAGCCGUUCUAGCUAAUUUGAAAUUCUCUGAUUACAUGUAAUAUUUUUCGUAUAUGCCCUCAAUUGCAUUUGAGCUUAUUAAAACUUGCAUCGGUUAAAAUUGUUGAUGUCGGUUCUCUUGUUAAGGCUGUCUGUUGACAUUGGUUAUUAGGGGCUCGGAGAAUUGUGGAUGUAAUAGAUGUCAACACACAGCAAGCUUUGGAAAUGACUCUGCAACAGUGGGUGAAAUAUUUCACCAGCGAACAGAGAGAGGACAUUUACAAUGUUAUAAGCUUGGAAUUUAGCCACACUAAACUGGAGGAUCUGGUGGAACCACCUCACUUGGUGAGCAAGUUGUAUUUUUUAAGGUUUUUUGUUCAUGAAAAUGUAUAUUUUGUUCUUUAUUUAUGGUAGGUUUUCGGAGUUUUGGGCUUUGUGUGUGACUCGUUUACUCUGUGUAGCACUUACUACUAUUGGUUGCGUUUUAAACACUUAAACUUAAUUUAAUUCAAUAAUUGUUAUUUUCCGUUAACAUUUCUUGCUAAAAAUCGUCUUCCUUUGGGAUUAAUAAAUAUCUUUUUGACUGUAAGUGGUUGGUGAUGUUUUGAACACCCCAGUUCUAUUAUCACAAAGCUAACUACAUAGGUUGUAUUAGUGCCGAAUGAAAAUUCAGAGAAACUUCCCCAACCAGGAGCUUUCCACAUUGAGCUCCCCAAACUCUACUUUGCUCAGCUCAUUAUCGUGCUGUGAUGAUUUUAACCGGAAAAGGACGGAAAGCAAAAUCAGGAACUAUUCAUGCCAAGAACUGCUUCUUAGAGCUGAAAGGUGCCCUGGAGCUCUUUACUAUUCACACGCCCUUUAAAAACAAAAACCCGAAAACUAUGAUAAGGAAACCAGAAGCCAGUUUCGUACCUCUGAAAUUUUCGGGUUCAGUUUCUUUAAUUUUACAACAUUUAUCCAAUGUAGCUUUGUUCUGGUGUUGUAAAGCUACGGCAGGGACAUUUUGGUUGCGAGUGUUGAAAGAAUUUUGAUGCUCAUACUCGCACUUUAAAAACGAAGAAUAAUGAAAAUAAUUAUAAAACCAAAUUUCUUCCAUAUCAUCUCGAUAAAGUCCCUUGUGUAAUCUUCGUCCGUGUACAUGUAAUAAAAAUAUAUCUUCUUGCGGCGGUUAAAAACACUGUGGCUUCUUUUUCAAAGUGGUGCGUAAAUCUUCUUCGUGCAAUUUUGUGCGUCACAGCCCGAACUUCUGUUGUGUACAUGAUUUCAGCGUGGUUUUCAACUUGCUUAAAAUUGUACCCUUGUGUUUACGUUUAAACAUAAAAAUUUCCUCGCUGUUAUUCCGAUGUAUGCGAAUUUUAUUGGAGAACAAAGGCUUAUUCAGCUUUUUAAAAGCUAUAUCUUGCCGAUAACUGAAAAUGGUUUUGAAUAUCGGCAAAAAACGCCACGCAUCCUGCAAAGGGGUUUAGCUAUGCAAAUAUGGCGGCUUGAUCAUUAGUGCCAAUGUUGGUGUGAGCCGCAAAGAAUCAGAUGAAAACGAAAUGAUGAGGUUUUUGGAGGGGACUUUGAAAUUAUUUAAAAUAAUCGUGCUGUCAAGGCUUUCACCAUGUUUUGGACACUUGAUAGCGUGUCAGGGAUACAGGGACAAGUGACUGAAUACCUGCUCUCUGAGACCCGUUCACUUGCCGAGUUCCCGCUACACUGGUCUACAUAGAAAUGGAUAUAAUUAUACAGAUCGAGCAGAGAGACGGUGAUGGCUGUUUAGGCAAACGUCUAAUACCCAUUUGUGCAAUGACUGUUGAAUUACCACCUUUAAAAAUUAGAAUUUACCACUGUUUGGUGUUCACAUAGUCCCGCCUCCUGUUGCUUUAAUAUGGCUGAACUGAAGGGUGGUAACCCUUAAUGCAUGAACAUACGAUCUUCAAACUGAACUUGAACAUUCCUCUAUCCGCGUAUCGUAUCAGAUAAAAAUUUUUGCUGUGCCAUUUUUUCAAACCUUUCUACUUGUAAAUUUACUAGCUGCUUGUUUUGUGAAAUACAUUUGACCAAAGUUCUACCGGAUUAUUUUAAGACAUUUUUUUCCUACAUGGGCAACAUAAGGCUCUUGAUGCACAUUCUAUUUCCAAUUCACUCGAAGCGUGAAUUUUAACACGUGCUUAUUAUUGCUGGGUUUAAAGUUAGUGAAAGUUGACACAGUGUUCAAUUUUUGCGGGUAAUGUUUGUUCCUUCUUCCAUUUAAUUAGCAGAAAAACGAACGACCUAUGGCGUUGAAAAAGGCUUAAAGCCAAUUGUUGGUUACAAAUUUGUUUUCAAAAAAACGACUUAAUACGGUUUAAAUACGAACCAGAAACAUUCGAGUAUACAGUUAUUUGUCUGAAGUACUAGGAGAGAUAUUUAAAGUCUGCCAUGAAAACAGAAUCUGAAACGUUUGGUUUUUAGAAAGUUCCAAACUUUCGAGUAACAUCUACCCUUUUCAUGAUUAAAAUCCUGCAAAAGGAAUUAUCUUUUUUAAAAUUUUGAGAAGGUCGUAAUAGAAGGAAUAUUCUCGAUUUUUGAUCCACAAUAACCAAAUUUAACAGAAAGGUUUUUUUUGAAACUUACUGAAUUUAUAUUUAAACUUUAAAUUAUAAUCACCAUUCCGUAGUUAUUCUUACUUAUUUACGUCACGGAAAUGAUAAUUUACCACUUUAGAAAAUCGUGAUUUCAGUGGACGACUACUGCACUUUCGCGCAAGAUCUGAAGCCGCAUUUAACACUCGUGUUUGAAAUGAUCCCUUCUAUUUUGCUCUGAAAUAUCAAUCUCCAAUGUGAAAACGUCUUGCACAAUGUUUACAGCUGGACAAAACGAGGUCAUAACAAUCUUUUUGUAUGACUACUCUUUGUGUCUAAAACUUUUACGUUUGCAAGUAAUUGCAUUGCUGAAAUGUAACAAUUGAUUCAAAGCUACUUAGUACUCCAAAACUUUGCCUGAUGUAGUUUGGCUAUUUUCCCCAGUUGAAUAGUUCUUUAUUAUUUAUAAAUCUUUAUUUUGAAUUUCCCAUUUAGAGCAAUAAAACAGACAAAGCUAAGCUGUAAUUGACGCAACGAGAGUUAUUUUUAAGUAAAAAUUUACGUCUUCCACUGUACCUUGUUCAUUAAUCUCAGCUUAAAGUAAAAUCUAGAAGGUUUAGGAGCGUUUAUCGUGUAACUGGAUCAUAUCCUUGUGUUAUUAGGUGCGAGUUCUGGACUGGGUAAAUGUUGUGUGGCCUCAGGAUCUCAUCGAGCAGCAAAGGGAUUCAACGAACUCUCUAGCUGAUAUGAAGUAUCCCAAAGUUAGAAAGUAAGUCGUGAUUUACUGACUCUAGCUUGCAUUCCUAGAAUCAAGUCUGAAACUAACGUUUAGAGGCUGGGUAAGAAAUCUAAUGUUGUGACCAUUCAAUUGAAACUUGUUCAGCACCUCUCUCUCUCAUUAACCUUACAAUCUGUAUUCGUCUUUAAGAAUUUAAAGAUGUAAUUUGUAAUUUUUCCGCUCCAAUUUUGAUUUUAGUGAGCAUCCUGCUUAAAUAGUAAUACUAGAGUUGAUCUGUCCGUGCGCAAUAUUUCUGAGGCCAUUAAGUGGACACGCAGCAGACAGCUAGGCAGUGCGUGUAAACUUGCACAGAACUAUGAACUUGAUUUGGUUCAGUUUGCACAAUUAUAUCGCUCACAGAUAUCUCUUGAUACGAAAUGGUGAAUGCGACAUAUACAAAAUCAUGAGUGUGAAGUCGAGAGGUUCAAUAGAGACUGCGCGCUACAUUUUUUUCAUGAAGAUAAAACACGGUUUCUCAUUUUGAAUACAUCAACAGUUUAGUUGACAAAGACUGAAUUAGAAUAAAUCGAGAUCAAGUUUAAUCUUAGGGACAAUUUGAACAAACCGUGAGAAAGGUAUUUUGCUUGAAUUUUUGUUCUCAACGUUUAUCACUUGUGCUUCAAUUUCAUUUUCGAGCGUGAUACAUGGUUUCCUGUAAUCUUUAUGUGAUACAACUGAGAUAUAGUGAAGUGUAUGUUAUCUAUGCGCUCCGUGAUUUUCACUCGAUUUUACGGAUGAGAAAUAUGAUUGCCUUAAACGCAAAAGCUGCUGCAGUGAAGCUAAAAGUUUUUAAUGUCAUGCCAACUGAAUGAACAUAUAGUGGUUGGUAAUUCUAGUGCUUGUCAGGUUGGUGUGAUUAUAAGAAAUUCAUCCGAAUGGUUUCCACUUUUGUUUCAUGAUUUGGUGUCUACCAACAUACAGUGUAUGUUUGUACAAUUUUUUAAGACACACGUGUUGCGCUAAAUUUCUUUAUUCUUUCAUCGUUGUUCAAGCAAAAUAUGAGCUGUCUUUGAAAAGCUAAAUUCUUUGUACCAUAGUAAAUCUACCGUGUAUAUAUUGUGGCAUGAACAAAAUGCUAAAAUCAUGUGGAAUUCAGUCUAAAGUGUUUGAAAAUUUGACACGACUUUGUCUCAUUCCGCCUUGGUUCCGGGGGACUAAAGUGGUUUACUUGUUAUGCUGCUUAUAUUGUCGCGGUUAGUAGAAGCGGCAAAAUUUAGGAGUUUCGUUCAGCGUUUUGUGGUUAACUUCAUGUCCUGUUCUAUCUAGUGUUCAAUAAUUUUCAAAUAUAUGUUGCGUGACUUCUCCCUCAAUCAACAAACGCUUGCUCAUUUCAAACGUGCGAUAAAUUAUUUCCCAAAGUAUUCUCCAAAGCCUGCUUCUCUUUCGAGAUGUGUCUUUCAUUAUUAGAAUUCAAAUUUCCAAGCCUAAAGUAUAUAAGUGAUGCAUUCGUUUCAGCGCGUCGGAAGUUUUAAGGACUGAAACAUGACGAAGGCAAUGAGCUUGGUUAUGGUCGACUGAGUAAGCUCGGUUUCUGUUUCGUUUGAAAACUUACUGCUCAUUCCUGUCCAUUAAGUCAGAGAAAGUAACAUUCUCGUUAAAAAGCUAAAGUUUAUUUAAUUGUUUACUUCAGCAUUGUCAAAAAAAUAGAACGUUGAAAACACAACGGACGCAUAAUUCGACAUCACCUCUCGGAAAGAGUUUGUUCUUUAAUUGCCAAGCAGAUUUAAACCAGCAGAAUUGGAAAUUCCUGUGUUGAAGUCCACCAAAUAUUUCCAAAUCGUUUUAGCGUCACUGAAAUAAAAGUAGCCCAUUAAAGAAACUUAAGAGGAAAUGACUUCUGACAACGGUUAUCAAACCGCGAAUGUAAUCUUUGAGGAAUUCAAGUAAACUUGCACAUCAACUAGUAAUAAUUUGUGCCGUGCCCAGUGAGUACAUGUAGCUUGUCGGUUUGUCGAUCUUCCAAUGUAUUUCGUAUUUAGCGUUGAACUUCUUUUACAGUGCCACAUUUACAAAUUUUAUGCCCUGAAGUUUGAGAUUGUCCCCCCAAAAAACCAAAAAAACAUAGACAACAUUCAGUUCAUGUAAUAUUUGGUUUCUCGGCACGUACCCUAGAAGACACGUCUUUGUGACCGACAACAGCUUUAAAAAUAAGGCUGCUAUUCAAAUCUCAACUCACCCUCCUGCAAGAGUUAUUCUUGACUAAGGAAGACUUUCCUCAUUAGCGGUUUCUAAGUUUUAACUUGAGCGUGAGAGAGGUUUUUUAAACCCAACGUUUGUUAGGUGAGUCUUGAUCAUGAACUCUCUGAUAUGCAAAAGCUGUACUACGGCCUUGAGGGUAAUUUUCAAGUCUCACUCAGUGGCACGAGUUGGAAGAAGUCUUUGAGGCAAGGCCUAAAUGUCUUGUGCUCCCGGCUAACCUGUCUUUAAAAACAAGCUGUACUAUAUUGACCUAUAUCUCCAUUAGUUAAAAAAGACGGCCAUUUUGAUAAAGUAUCUUAUGGCGAACAUAUCUCUAGUCACGUCUGAUUAUUAAAAGUCAGGACUGCAUGAACAAUCAUAUUUUAUCUUGCAAACAAUUAGCAAACUGUCGUACUCGAUAUUUCGGUUUGCAUGUGUUUCUUUUGUCUGGAGACUCUUCAGAGGAAAGAACCACUUUUUACCAAAUAAAAUGUACUUGCAUCACUUUUUCGGCCGCGCAGUAAAUUUGAAUCUCAAAAUCAAAACUAGAAAACCCACCGUGCGUUGUUAAAAAACCCAGUGUUUAUAUUCAUUUGGCCUGAUGGUAAAAUUUUUAAAUUUAGUCUAACCCCAAGUGUAUGCAAUGUUAAAGACGUGUAUUCAUUUGGUAGGAUUCCGUUAUUUCGUUGUUGCUUUAUUCUGCUCUAAACUCUGAAUAUCUCGGAAGGUACUGUUCGUCGCGAAUAACUUUCUUAGAUCUUCAUACGAAUGAGCACAUUUUCAGGUUUCACUCACGAACUCAGAAGCUUGUUCCACUGUGUUCGGCAUAAUAAACAAGACCACAAGAAUUGCUGGUCGCUAUCUUUCAUGCGAGUUAUUACGGUUAAGAAUUUCAUUCACAGACAGAGAAGUAAAACCAACUUGUUCUUCAAUAAACACUACCUGUACCACAAAAAAUGUUUGAAUGAUAAACUCGCAUCGACAACUGCAACCAUUUCAUAGUCUUGCAAGGGAAAAACACGGCUCAAGGAAAAAAGUAACGCUCUGUAGCUUUCAUUUGACUUGUUGCAGUUAAGGAUAUUCAUUUGUAGACUCAAGAUUAGUAUCAAUUUGUACAGUGUAUUCACUAUUGAACUGCAGAGGAAAGACGUACCAGUUAGUAGCUUGGGGACAUCACCACAGACCCAGAAUGUGUAGCUUCAAAGGGCUAUGUCACCAGGAUAAGCUGUUUUAGAUCAAUUCUGUGCUGAAGUCACUACUUAGUGAAUGCCUUCACCCGUACACUAAAUGCUCCUGUAUUGUUAUGAAAAAGAUGUCAAACGAAUUUCAUCACGGACACUAAACAUUAUAUUUUUUGGGCGAUUUUUUGCAGGCAUAGCUUUAAAACUUGGAAAAGUUGGGCCACACUUGGGCCAACUUUUUCAAGUUUCAAUCCGAGCACAUCCUUGCUAUCCGUUGCACCAGAUGACACAAAUUGAUUGCGAAAACAAUUUUUUAGCUUUCAAAAAGAUAGAAAGUAGCGUGACUUAGUCCCUGUAUCUGUAAACAAAGCCACUAGAAAGUCAGGAAAGUCCUUCAUUAGCUUUCGUAUGUUCAUGGUAUCAUUUAAUAUAUAGGAUACAAACUUAAUGGGACAGCAAAAAAGGGCUACGGCGUUCGUUGUUUUCUGGUUGUGGUUUAGACUAAGUUAUAUAGUUGUGACCGUGUUGAAGUGUUGAACGGAAAAAUAAACGACUCAAUAGGGAAGCAUUCCUAAAACUGACUUCUCGUUUGAAUGAUCAAAUGAAAAAGAAUUUCGUUCAGAGACUCCUAAGCUAGAGCGUUUUAACAUGCGGCGUAAUAAACAACAUCAUGAGAAACUCUUGAAAAGGUAAAACUUCUUUUCAUGACUGGUCACAAUUACGUAAUAGUACGUAAUCCACAGACACAGAUGCUGUAGAACCCCCGGGGGGAACUGUCUAUGUUCUUUACAAGCGGCUUAACCCGAAAAGGGAUACCUUAUUCAGGCUUCAAGUAUAUCAAAGGGAAGGGAAUUCAGUAGAACCUCCCGGGGGCACUCUCUAUAUAUCCGCCUAUACCGUAGGCGGCUCCAUCCGAAAGGGAUACCUUAUUCAGGCUUUAAGACGAAAAAACGCUCCUUAUGGCUAUAUUAUUUCAACUUAUUAAACGUUACACGAAAAUUGUUUUAAGUGGGUAUGUUAAAGGGACACUAUUUGUCAAUAGAAGAUAUCUAUAAUGGGCACCUCUUCUGUCAAAAGUGGUAUAUAAAAGGGUGAGGGGUUAGACCUCUGGGCGGGGCGGGGCCUCCCCCUAUAAAGCUUUGUAGAUGAGGUCCCCGGGUGUGUCACGUAAUACAGCAUAGUAAACGGGAAUGCAAGAAAUUACUAAUUUCUCCUUUCCUUCAGGCCCUGGUUGUUCAGACACUGGAUAGCACUAUCCACUGGAUAAAUCACUAUCCAGCGGAUUAGUGUUAGGAAAAUCAAAUGCGUCAUUUACUGGAUAGAAAUUUAUCCACGUGAUAGCGUUGAAUAUUUUUAUCCAGACCCCAGACAUCAAACUAACUUCAAGUUAAACGUCAUACUCGACAGUUUCAUAUGCAAACCGGCUUUACUAAAUUGAACGAUCACGUUUUGUUUUUUUUGUUUAAGAAACACUUUAUAGUCUAUUGCAUGAUGAACAGCUGUAAAACAAAGAAUUGCCACUUUGUCUAGCAUGACAAUACAAUAUAAAAGGCAACAAUGCUGCCAGCAUUAUGUCACAGGAAGGUUCUACUCCAUAACUUUCGAAAGGCUAUAGGCUUCUUUUACUGUCUCAAAAUUCUUAUAACUUCCUCGCACAAUGUAAUAAAAUACUAAUGGGUAGCUCUUCAGACGGCUUUUAUUUCAGUCGAGUGACUUUGAAUUUGAUAUACCGUGAUAUGGCACGAGUCCGGGCUUCCUUUUGUGUUUUCGGCACGUGUUAGAUGCAGUAUAAUAUAACAGUAUUAAAGCUUUUAUUUCAGUGGAUUCGUUUUUGAAUUUUAUCUAUUGAUUGUCGCUAAAAGCAAGAAGUACGUAGGACCGAAUGUUUAGCAGAUAAUACGGGGAACUUUCAGAGUGAUCGGCAUUCAUUUGAUUUUUUGGCCCGGGGGUUGGGAGGGGGGGACUCCCAUACAGAAGUGACAGGGAUGCUCGUGGGAAAAUUCAAAUUAAACCCCUAAUGGAGACCAAUGUGGAUGUGGCUCAAGCUUAAACAGACCCCUAAGGGAGAUUUCUGUGGGGUCAGUGUCGGGUCAUUUUUUGUAAACUUCUUUGUGCACAGUACUAAGCGAUACCUGAAUGGGCAAAUAUAGUGACUUUCCAUCCCAGACACCCUAAGUGAGAGCAAAAUCUGCAAUUUACACCCCAAAGCGAGACAACAAGCAUCCCGCCACCUUAAUAUGGGAGUUCCCCCCCCCCCCCGGGAGUUUUGGCUGGCGCAAUGUAUAGCUUAAUAAAACAGUAAAUUAUCUCUUGUUUUUACUUAUAUCCGCAGAAUUAGCUAGAACCACGCAUCAUGAAAUAGUUAGCAGGACAAAUACGAGAAAAUCCCCACACUGAGUGAUUUUAUCCACGUUUCCAAAAGUUGGAGAUAAACCAGUAAAUAGUACUACAGCAAAAGAUGUUAGGCAGACUGGAAUUUUAUCCAACAUCCUAGGUUAAAAUUUUAGAAAUGCAUUCGUCGAGUUCUAUCAUUUGAUCGCUGAUAGUAAUCUGAUAACUUGGUUUCCUAAUUACGUUAAUUUGCCCUUUACUCGAAACAAUAACAGGGAAAAUGAUCUUGAUAAAGAUGUGACGUUUAUUAUGUCACAAUCUUGUGAUGAGUAAUAAAUCUGAUUCCAUGACUUGAUCUUGAAAGUUUGACCUUCCUGAAAACAGUAGGGCGCUAUAGCUACUCUCACACGGGCCACUUCGUAAAACGGAAUCCUUAUAUUUCGAUCGUGUGGGAAUGUAUUUAAAAAGAAAGUUCCUUUCAACUUUAUACUUCCCGUUGGCUCGUUUUUCUCUUUACAAAGAAAAGAAAGGAAAUUAAAGGAAAAAAAUCAGACAGUAGUGAACCGUUUGUUGGACAUGAAGAAUCCGUAUGAUCUGAAGUCCUGAAUUCGAUUUUGGACUCUCCCAAAGUAUUUUAUUUCAGCAUUUGAUGUCAUAAAAUUCAACCGCAACAUUAUGUACAGUCGACACCCGAUAACUCGAACCCUUGCUAACUUGAACCUCGCGCUAACUCGAACCAAAGUCAAUUUCCUCUGGAUUUCCUUCGUACAUUCACUGUUAUUUUACCCUCGGACGGUAACUCGAACUUCUUGCUAACCCGAAGUAAUUUUUGUUUCCCUUCAGAUCAUUUCUACAAUAUUUUACCCUCGAUAACUCGUACCAUGUUUAAAGCGCGUCACAAAUUGAUUUUAAAAAAUUGUUGUGUACUGUAGUCCGAAACAAUGAUUUUUUUUAAAAAUAUCAACCGUAUAUUCUUUGUCUUUACUUUUUGUUAGUCCAGUGUAGAUAUUGUACAGCCCUGUAUAUUAAUCAAGUUUUGUUGUUUAAAAUGCUAAAUUACUUUUUCAAAAAUAAUAUCUCUUGCUGCCCUUGAAGUGAAGGGUGCAUGCUACUUGCAUUGCAUUUCUUCCCCAUCCACGAGAUUAGCUGUCGCGCUUGUCACCACUACAAUUUAAUGUGAUUGUCUGAAAACCGUUUUUCCUCAUUUCCGGUUUUUGAACUUCCGAUAGCUCGAAGUCUUUUUCAAUUUCCCUUGAAGGUUCGAGUUAUCGGGAGUCGACUGUACGUAAUGCAGUACAGUUAUGCCAAGAUAUAUAAUGCUCAGGAUGAGAAAAAAAAACAUUAAUGUAGUAAGUUGGUAAUUUUUCCCUCAAAUGCUGCUAGUAUCCACGUUCAUGAAUCAUUCUCCGUGAGGGGACAGCUGCCAUUAUCAGAAACAACCCCUUAUAAGUUACUGCCAUUAUCCAUUACACUUUUUCUUCUUUCUGAGGGGGUCGACUUAAGGUAGUUUUGACCCGUUUAUUUUUUUGUCAGGUAUGUGUUAAUGAGUGUGGGCGGCUGCUACACGGACUUUCAUAUCGAUUUUGGCGGAACAUCUGUAUGGUACCACAUUAUGAGGGGCAAGAAGGUGAGGUUUUUUAACUCCUUUACUGGAAAUUCGCCAUUACAGCAUUGUCCGAAGAAAGUGAUGCCUCUCGUUUGGCUUACAUUUGAAUAGUACACCCCCCCCCCCCCCCCCCCCCCCCCCCCCCCCCCCCCUUUUUUUUCUUUUUUUUUCCUGCCUCAGCUCCUUGUUCUCCUUGCCCCCCACGCCUCCCUGGUCUCCUUUCCCUUUGUGACGCGUUUAUUGAGCUGUGAUCGGCGUCGUUUUUCUUUCUUAUAUAUUCCCCCCCCCCCCCCCCUCCCCCCGCUUCCGCCGUUUACUCAUUUUUUAUGGCAUUACGUAGCAGGCCUAGGCUCAAUUUUCGCCGUACGCCAGAGUCCGGUCUUUGUUCCUUAUCGAGAGAGCUUCUUUCAAAGGGAUGAGUGCGGGUUCUUUUUCCCGAACAAUAGAGCUGCGAGCAAACUCUCUAUUUGGGGUAUACCGUGAAAAGUACACGCGCACGCACGCUCGCGUGGCUCGCGCAGGCUACCCGAACAGCCGCUGGUAAUCAAUGAAAAGGAGUCGUCAUAGAUCUAAGAAAUAAGGUCAAAAUGUUCGACUGAUUUCACUGCAACGGUUUUGGACAUUCAUAAAGUGCAGUAAAUGAAGGGUCAUGCAGUCUUUUCUAUGCAACGAAACAGACUUUAGAUCCAUUAUUACAAACGAGAUGGAUUCUACUCUCGUCUUGUUUAUUUACCCCCUUCACUUAUAAGUAGGUUUUCUGGGAGCUCAACACUUUUGUUCGAUAAAAACAAAUCCUUGAUAGCAACAUGAUAAAAAAAAGUCGUGCUGAAAUAUUUGAGGCCAUAAUAUUGGUUUCAAUAUCAUCCGGUUUUGAAGUGGUAUGUUUGUAAAGAAACAAGGUCAUAUUUCCUUUCCUGGGUCAUUUUUCCUUUCCCCCAUUUUUAGGGGAAGAAAGUUAUUAAGCCCCCCUUCCACUUCCUCUUAUUAGGAGGGACCUUAAUUAAUCACGACAAUAAUUCGUGUGGACUGAACCGGUAUGGUUUAUUCACGUACUGCCAGUUCGGGUUUGCUUUCGAUCUUCAGCUACAUGACCUCUAACCUCAUCUACCUGAGCUUUUCCACUUUACGUUCUAGUUUUUUAUGGAGAAUUGAUAACGUCAUAUUCACUAAUUUAGGUAAGCCCCUCGCUUUUCUCAAAUAACUCCCGGGGAGCUUUAUAGAGGAUUUACGGUAAUGCAACUUGUGUGAAAUUCAUAUUGUGGGUGUUCUGUAGGUUUUUUGGCUUAUUCCACCCACGGAAAAGAAUGUUCAUUUGUAUGAGCAGUGGGUGUUAUCUGGAAAACAACAAAACGUUUUUUUUGGCGACCAAGUUGAGAAAUGUUGUCGCGCUUACUUGGAAACAGGAGAUACCUUCUUAAUUCCUACAGGUAAGAGGCAAUAUAAGUUUUAACACUUUUCCAUGUUGUCAAUAAAUGAAUUAUACUUUUUAAGCCCCCGUUCAUAUCAAACUUCCGCGAUAACUACAAUAUAUAAUCAUUUAAGGCCUAGGCCAAACGUCGAACUUUUCAUGAAACGAACCAAACUUAGUGAGUUAAAUUCAACGCGUCUUAAGUUCGACGUCUGACCCAACAGACGAUCCUAACUUAAUUUAGGUCGACCCAAAUUAUUAGAGUUUGGCUCGCCUCAUGAAAAGUUCGACGUCUGGCCUAGGCUUAAGUGAACAUGCUUCCAUUAAAAGAAAAAAACGUAAUUUACGAUUCAAACGUUAACCCUUUGUGACCAUUUUUAUGCUUUUCAACCGCUCGGUUGCCUUUUACAGUUUUUGUAGAAACGAACUCUUUUACCGUUCUUUUUUUUCUCCGUUUUUUUUUUCUUGCACAUUUUUGAGUUGGUGUUUUUGUGUAAUGCAUUGUUUUGUUUUGUUUUUUUUUUGGUCAAGUCUUCUUCGAUAAACGAGUAAGGCUUUUUCUAUCAUCAAGGAAUGAAAAAGGAAGUUUAUUCCAAAAAUAGGAAGCGUAAACUCAUUGAAAGGCUCGUUCAUUCUUCCAACGUUUUUUACGUUCUGUGGACAACGUUGGAGCUUAAACCUCAGCCAUAUGUUAUCAAACUUACAGAUACUCGUUUAACAUUCCCUCCGUUUUUACUGAUUUACUUAAGGAAGUAACUGACCACUCUCUUCCAAUUUCAGUUAAGUUUAUUAUUUUCGUGGCCUUAUCCACAUUGUAGUUUGCAAUAUAGUUUUUGUUGUUGUGCGUUUUAUGCAGCGUAGUCCCUUAGCGUUCUCUCUUGCCCUGUUGUCCGCGCGAAGCCAGGGAAAGGGUGCAAGUGUCUCUCGGUGACGUCACAACUGACGGUAGAGUCCAGGAUCAACCUACGGAGCCGAUAACGCCUAUUUGCCACUAGCACAUCUCCCAUAAUGCACCUUUUUUGCCCUCCAAAAUUUUGCAUAACCUUUGUUUUUCCUUUCUCCUGAGUAUUACAGCUGUCCCAAGAGAAAUUGAAAACAGUGCUUAUGCAGCAUUUUGGGGGACAAAUAAGGUGCAUUAUGGGAGAUGUGCAAAUGGCGUAUGGACUAGGCUGCAAGUUAUGCAUUGCAGAGUGAAUCUUGUAUUUUGCAUGUCAUGCAUUACCAUUUUAUUGGUUAUUCGUGUUGUGCAGGGUGGAUCCAUGCGGUUUUUACUCCAGAAGACUCGCUGGUAUUUGGUGGCAAUUUCAUUCACAGCUUUAACAUCCCAGGACAAAUUAAGAUCAGCGAGAUCGAAGACAGUACGAAGGUAACUUGUGAGGUUGACUACAGAGUUAUCUUCUAGCAGUGUUGUUGUUCAGACAACAAUAACAUAUACUACUACUAUCUUUAUUUAAUUCUCGCUUCUCGCGCAUUCGCCUUAAUUCGCAAAAAGACUUGUUCCACAUAAUUUACAUAUUUGUACGAGACAAAAAUAGAAUGUAAGGCUACCAUCUCUCUGGUAAGUGACUUGCGUUAGACUUAGCUCUCCCCUUGGAAAAUUGACGUGGAGAAUAGACAAGAGGAGUGGUAGCGUCACAGACACUACGUUUGUGAAAUUAUGGGAUCGGUUGGCGUUUCCAGAAAGAACAAGAUGAAACAUGUUCACUUGCUCAAAAUCAGCCUGUUGGUGCAGAUUGGCGGGGAGAUAAUAGGCAACGUCAUGCUCCGGUGACGCCAUAUAAAUCUUUCUAAAAUAGGCCUGGGGCCCGUUUCUCGAAAGUCCCGAUAAUUAACGGGCCUGGAGCCCGUUUCUCGAAAGUCCCGGUAACUUUACGGGCCCGAAAUCAAAUAUUCAAAUCGAAAUAUAAAGAAUAAGAGAGCGGGUCCUGGCUAGCAAAAUACUCCAUUUUGUUUCAUUAACUGACAGUUUUAUCAUGUUAGAUGCAAAACUAUUGAAACCUCGAUCUUUAAUGUAAACGGAGACAGCUUACCGGGCCCGUUAAUUAUCGGGACUUUCGAGAAACGGGCUCCAGGAGCCCGUUUCUCGAAAGUCUCGGUAACUUUUCGGGCGCGAAAUCAAAUAUUCAAAUCCAAAUAUAAAAAAUAAGAGUGCGGGUCCUGGCAAGCAAAAUACUCCAUUUUGUUUCAUUAACUGAUAGUUUUAUCAUGUUAGAUGCAAAACUAUUGAAACCUCGAUAUUUAAUGUAAACGGCAACAGCUUAACGGGCCCGUUAAUCAUCGGGACUUUCUUGGGCCCGUUUCUCGAAAGUCCCGGUGACUUAACUGGCCCGGAAUCAUAUUUUUAAAUCAAAGUCUCAAGAAAAGUAGGGUGUGUUCUGACCUCUAAUGAAGUCCAUUUUGUUUCGUUAACUAAUAACUCUACUGUAUAAUUUUCAAAACUUUUAAAACUCCCUUCUAAAAUGGAAAAGAAAACAGCUUAACGUGCCCAGUAAUUACCGGGAGCUUCGAGAAACGGGCCCCUGGUUAGCUGUCUCCGUUUACAUUAAAGAUCGAGGUUUCAAUAGUUUUGCAUCUAGCAUGAUAAAACUAUCAGUUAGUGAAACAAAAUGGAGUAGUUUGCUAGCCAGUACCCGCGCUCUUAUUCUCUAUAUUUCGAUGUGAAUAUUUGAUUUCGGGCCCGAAAAGUUACCGGGACUUUCGAGAAACGGGCCCCUGGAUCGUUAACGCUUCUGUCCAAGCCAAUUUUAGAAGAUUUGUAUGGAGUCAUCAGAGCAACCCGGUGCUUAUAUCUCCUCACCGGUUUGUACUAACAGUCUGAUUUUAAGCAAGGGACUUUUUUCAUCUUAUUCUUUCUGGUCAUUUUGGUGGGUUUUCACGAGAAGCCUGGUGGCAAAUUUCUCUAAUGAGUGAAGUAGAACUGGAAGUCAAACGGCAAAAAAAAAGCAUUUAAACCAAGCAACUUUAAGUUAGUUUUGGAAAGCCGAACUUCUAAUUCUGAACCAUUUUGCUUUUUUCACCAGGUUCCCCUGAAGUUUCGAUAUCCAUUCUUGCCGCAAAUUAUGUGGUAUGCCGCUGACAAGUAUGUUCGGCUUUUGGAGCGAGACAUAAAAGAACGAGGUCUAAUCGAGACACCGAAAAAAGACUCAAGAAAACAGGGUGCAGAAAAUCCCAAGAAAAAAGAAACACUUGGUGUUAAAAGACCAGUCAAAACUGAGAGCGAAGAAAAGAGCGAAGAAACCAGUUCUCCUGCGAAGAAAGAUGCUGCUGGAGAAGACGCAACGGGGACGCCGAGCCGCCGAAGAUCAAGCCGAGUGGCGAAGAACGAGGAGAUCGCCCGCCAAGCACAGGAGAACAAAGAAAAAGAAAAGGCAGUAGUACAGAAAGAGGAGGAGAGUGAAGGAGAUAACAGAAAAAAGAGAACUCCUAAAAAAGCAAAGCAUAGCGAAGAAAUAAACGGACAACACCCCGAAGAAAAUGAUGAGAAUGAGAAUUCACCUGAAGUGAAAGAGGAGGAGAAGACUGCGUGGUCUGCUGUCUACCUUACCCGGUUUGAAAUGGAUGGGUUAUAUAAGCUAAUGCAGAAACUAAGAACAUGGCCUCUGGCUAAAAAGAACGUUCCGGAAAAGGUGCAAGAUCCUGAUAAAAUAUUGGAGAGACUGGAGGUUUGUGUCACGUGAGCCUCCCCCUUUAUUAAAUUAAGCUUGAUUCGAUGAGAUCGUAUAAUCUCUUCCCAUAACCCUACGGCCCCAAUGUAGACAAUCGUCAAUCCUUUGGCCCAGCACAACAGAACAAUCAGUAGGUGUAAAAGAAUGUUCUAUUUACUGGCUUUGCUGAAGUAUUGGCUGUUUGCUCUUUUUGUCCUCGUGUGAAGGGCCCUCUCCGGCUUAGAGAGAGAGGACGCUCUGGGGGCGAGAAUGCACCCUUUAUGGCACGUUAUGAAUCCGCGUAUGACCCGUUUCACUGACGUUCGAUCCCUCCAAACUCAAUUUUUUUAGAUAAAGAACGUCUGGGUACGAGUCAAGGCUCUUUUUAGUAGCUUUACAUGCCAAUGUUUCUUCACUGUGCUUCAAGAAAACGGGCAGUUCAUUUUGCUCAAAAAUUAAAGCAACGAAAGAAUGAAUAAUAAUUCUAAUAACAGUAUAAAAAAAUCGACUUGUAUUACGAGAGUUAAACGUGGCAGUCUCCCUGCUGUGAAACUUCCCGAUCGAAUCGGUAUUCUAUAAUUCUGGUUUCGGUGGAGGGAGUAUUUCCAGGGAGCAAAAACAAGUUCAACUCCCAAGUAGACCUUGUCCCAUCAAGAAAUACGUGGCAGGUGUUUGCUACAGCAAGGAAAAGAGAAAAAUUGGCGCGAUAGAACUCGAAGGACUCCCUCGCGCACCCCAUUUUGCCCUUUCCUCGUCCCUUUCGAAUGCCUGCAACCAAGGCUAACUCCCACUAUAAUCCUAGAGAUAAGCCAUACUGUUCCCCAAGCCAGAAGUCCAGGUUAUUAUCACAUAUUUUCAUGGUUAAAACCUAGACUACGGGGAAUUCCUCAAUUUCCUCGCGGAUAGUAGAGCGAGCGACAUACACGAGCGGGCGUGAAAAGCAGUUACCCGCGGAAAGGAGGGUCCCCUUUCUUCCGCGUGACGUCUCUCUCCGCUGGUGACGAUUUUCACGCACGCUAGCAUGUGUCGCUCGUUCUGAUAACCCAGCGGGCGUAACGGUAACUCGUAGUCUGUUUAUCAUCAGAAGUCACUAAGCUUCUAAAACCCGCUCCCCCCUCCCCCCCCCCCCCAAAAAAAAAAAAAAAAAAAGGCAAAAGCACACAAAAAAAAAUUUAUUAUCAAAAAGACUGACAUCAGGGGCCUUAUCUUUUUUUUUUUUAAUCCCGCGAAAAACAAGAGUCUUCUUGUGUUUCAAUUAUUACAGCUGGGAGCGAAAAAGUGUCUCCCCGGGAAGGGGGGGCCCCCUUUCUCCCCCGGCCCCUCCCCCCCCGCGUGUGCAGAUUUCCCCCCCCCCAACCCUGGGCCCCCCUUUUCAAAACCCCAGGGGGGGAAACGGUAACCCUAUGUUUUUUUUUAUCAAAAACCACACAAGCUUUUAAAACCCCCCCCCCCCCCCCCCCCCCCCCCAAAAAAAAAAAAACGAAUUUGGAUAACUGCAGAGACAAAAAGUUUUUUGCGCAACAGGGCGUUAAUCGCUGCUAUUGUAUUCUUUGUGUUAACGCCCGGAAAAAAAUAUGUCCUCUUUCACUUGGAUACGGACCUCCUUAAAAAUCGGCCUGGACUGUGUGCAUUUUUACACCAGUUUUGUGUUGCUCACUCAGGAGUUGCUUGUCCUCCACCGAGAUGACGAUCCAGCUCUAGCAGCCUCGGGUAUUCAGUAUCUGCUACAAAUUGACCAACCUCAGGUAACGUAAUAUUCCUCGCAGCUGAACUGUCACGCAAUAUCUUUAAUUGCUAUGAACAAUUCUAUGUACCGAGGGUUGAGCACAUAGCGUGAAAACGCUAACAAACCAGUGGGCCUCCUGACGUGACCAAAACGAUAAAAUAUAUGCAGUGAAAAUGACCUUACAAUAUAUGAUUUAAGAAAAUUGCUAAAAAGUAGAAAAAUCACAUUGAACAUGCAUUACAGAAUACAACGAUUUAAAAACUGAAGAGUUCUAAGGUACUUUUCCAAGCCUUGUUAGCAAGCUCGAGUAGACAUGUAAGAUAAAAUUCGAAUCCCUCCAGUUAUUCCACUACAAUGAACGAAGGGCAAAUCACUUUCUUAACUGCCCAGCCGAACAGUUCAUUUGGAAAAGAAAUGUGCUUUCUCGAAGGUUUUCGCUAAAAACUCAUCACUGCCGUGCAUACUAUUUAGAAAUUGAAAUUAGAGGUUCUAAAGAGCUGCAUACUAUCCGAUCGACUUAUGUGACUUGGCAGUCCUGAGUAAUAGUGAAAUUCGCAAUACGAAUGAACUGGUCUGACUGGCUAGUUCUGAGCAAUGUAAAUGCCCUAAGACUCUUAAUAGCUCUCAAAACAAGAGUACAGCAACACAGUCCCGUGUUUUCUUGCGCUUUUAUUGGAUAACUAAGAAGGGUUCAUGGUAUUUACUUGCUUUUUUCUCUACAGAAAAAGUCGGUGAUGAAAAAGCACGUAUCCAGAGGACCAAUGAUUGGUACAAAGGUCGGCCCAGGAAUAAGACGUCGACGCACUCGAUGUGGGCAGUGCGAGAAUUGCCAGCGAGAGGACUGUGGCGAGUGCAAAACUUGUAAAGAUAUGAAGAAGUUUGGAGGACCAGGAAGAAUGAAACAAUCCUGUCAACUGCGAGUUUGUACUGAUGUACGAUCAACUGUUAUUUGGCUAUAAUACGGGAGUAAAUAGAGAUAGGAUUGAGGCUUCAAAGGAGGCAGAUUACCUCUUAGUUUGUUAACACCUUUGUGGCCAUUUCGGGUGCCCUUUUGUGGCCCUUUUUCUCUUAAGAUUAUCAAACAUCGGAAUUUGGGAAACAAUCGAAUUUUUGUUUUGUCAAAUAUUGUAAACUGACGAAUGGCACCAUAUAAACGGACAGAUGAAGAGGUUUUUAUUGAAUGAUCCCUUAAGAGGAUUUCCUCCCCAGACUUAGACUUCCUAAACCUGUCUCCAUGAGUGGAAGAUGCUGCAUUUUGGACGGUUUAUUUCAGAAAGGAAGUUGAAAAUAUUCAUCACUGCUGCCAUUAUACUCCCGUAGAAGUCUUUCGAUUCACUCUCAGUCAAUUCGGAGACGGGUAAUGUAGAUUGAAUUUGGAGCCUAGACGGAAUCCCCUGGGGUUUUGGUGGUACGGUCAAACCCCGCUAAGCCAUAGUGUCCGUAUUAACGGAAUGUACUAUUAAGCGGAUUGAAUUUAGAGGAAAUGUAGGAGAUUUUUUUUCCCCAGGGACAAAUCAAACUGUCCGUGAUAAUGAGGUGUCCGUAAAGCGGGGUUCGGCUGUACUUUGAACGGAAUUAUUUGCAGACGGGAAUUUAGGAUUUUUGUUUAAUUUCAGUUUCUUGCUCGUUAAGGGUGAAAAGUUUAUAGAGUCAGUUAUUUGUUAUUUCAUUACAGCCCAACUUGCCAACCUGUGUGCGCUGUUUGGUAUGCAAAGAAGUGAACAAAGAAGAGCACCCGUUAAUGGAGUGUAGGCUCUGUGGUGAGAUUGUUCAUCCAUCCUGUCUGGGUGACACCAAGGGGCGCUGUAAAAUGGUUACAGAGAUUAACAACUGUUGGGAGUGCCCCAAGUGCUGUAAGGACUCAUCUGUAAGUGUGUGUUACAAGAGUUAUUCACUAAGUUAAUAUUUGCGGGAUCGUCUUAUCGACUAGACUUUAGACUACGAAAGGUCGAUUGUUUUUCCCGAAAGAUAGUAAAUAAGCAAAACACACGAGAGCGCGGGGUAUCCAUUCCCCUUCCCGGCGCCACCCCCCGCGCGAGGAGAACUAGUGAAAAGAGAACUGGUUAAGGAAAAAUAGAGCCAGUCAGAAUUAUGCGUUGCAUGUACAGCGCAUAAUUCUACUAAUGAACAAACUUUGCCCGUACUGUGUUAUUUGUUUUCUUCCCCUUUUCGUUUCUCCACGCGGGAGGCUUAUGGUUGCCUUGGAAAGUGGGGCGAGGUCCAGUCACAGAACAUAGCGAUGAUUUGGCGCUCAAAUGAAAACUGCUAAUUUUUACCACACAAUGCAUAAGGUAAAACAGAGGCUGAACACUUAAAAAACAGCGUUUUGGAAAUAUUUUUAGCUCUUACUCACGCAAAAGUACUGCACCCUAUUUUCAAAUUAAAACGAGGAACACGCAACUUUUUCUGACCUUCUUAUACUAUUUUCUCUCUCUAGGCUUCGUCUGUCGGGGAUCUACAACUCUCACCUGCGAAGAAACGAAAGGUAAUAACAAGCCCACUGCGAAAGACGCAAGGGCAGCUAAUCGGGACAAAAUAUCCACGGGCGAAAUCAUUCUCAGCAAAGUUUGCGAGAAGAAUGGUAAAACUUCUGGGUACUUCCUGUCACCAAACCAGUUUCAGAAGCAUUUGAAUUCCCGGCUUCUGAUUGGCCAGGAAAUGAAUCAUAAGCAGGGGAGGAUCCAAUAGCCUGCUAGCAAACGCGUCUCCUUUCGCGUGCUGCUUUAAGAGCUUGCUCGUGGGCUAGGGAUCCAAACGCUUAAGUGUCCAGCUGCUCUGCAGUUCCUCCUGCAGCACUUUUCGUCCUUAACAAUCCCCUCCCAGUCAGCUGCGCCAGGGUUCCUUGCUUUGUUCGCUUCUCUUGUGGUUUUGUUUUCUGUUUUUUGUAUUUGACUUUACGAGAUUAGUGUUAGGAUUUUAAAUAACUCAGAAAUGCUUUCGUCUCAUCAGUUACAUUUUCUCUUACCAUAGGCAAGUCCCUCUAAAGAUUCUUCAAAAAAGGUAUGUCACUGGUUUUUAUUCUUUUCUUAACGGUGAACUACAACUAGAAAUAUACGUCGAAUUAACUGAGGAGUUUUCAGAAAGGUUGGAAGGCUGGCAAUUAUUUUACAUCCACUUCAUCUCAGAAAUUCUUCCGUUCUUUAAGAAAUGAACAAAAAGAUCACAUAACGUGCAGAAAGAUUGAUUUGUAGGCUUGUUUACGGAAGAUUGGGAAACAAGCGAGUCCACAGAAAAUGCGACGCGCGUGAAAUAUAUUCGUGAGAGGCGAUUUUUCUCGCGCCAAUUCUAUCGCUCGUUCUACUGCCUCAGAGCGAGUUCUCGUAAGUCUCCUCUCACUUUAUUGGUCAGGAGGAGAUUUUCAUUUCCGUUUGUUUCGUGGCUGUUUUAGAUUAAAAGAGGGCAUCAUAGUGGAAGUGAGAAACAGUCGGUAAGUGAUAAGUAGCAUUAAGUUGAACUGGCUCCAUAAUACAGACUGGCUGCUUUUAAAAAACAAAUACUAAAUUAAUUUAUUCUUGACCAGAUUUUAUGCUUUUCGAAAGACCAGAAGAGUAGUCAAGAGUGCAAAAGGAUUGUUGUUUAAUCGACUCGAGCGUAUCUCACGUGCAAUUUCAUGAUGCGAAUGUUGCAUAACCUCGUAUAAUACUUUUUAAGAGGAUCGCAGCCUCGUUCCCAGGAUCGUAUUGUCCACUCUCCCUCCAGGAGACGGAAAAAAGAGAGACACUGGGAACGAGGUUGAUAGGAUCGUUACCUGACGAUCUAAAAGGACAUGCGCUUGACGCUACAUGCAUAAUAAGACCUGUUUCCUAAAGUUCUCAUGGAUAUGUGUAUAAUUACAGCUACUUGUUAACAUCCUCGCAAGUAAGACUGAAUUACGAAAGAUUUGCUCGUACUAGUCUCUUUUACGUGGAAACGAGCCUCGAUAAAAGCGUUCUGAUUGAAAUCUUGAAUUUGUACGUCGCAUUUCAGAAAAACGAUGUUAGAGAUUUCUGACUCGUGAUAGUGUCGAGCAGUCUUGUAAAUGUCACUUAUUUUCCCAUACUGCUGUGAGACUUAUGUCUGGUCAUCUCUUAACGCAGAAGGGUUUGUGAACCUUUCUUCAAGACUUGAAUCACCAAUCAUCAAGUUAAAAGACAAAUGGACAGACCGAGCCAUUACAGCCCACGUCUGAUUAAAAGAAGUCAACUGACGCGCAAUUGCAGCUUGUUGCUUAGUACCCAGUGCAAAUUAAAUGCGUUAAUAAACCAUUUCCGAAAUACCCCGAUCCUUUGCUUAAAAAACGAAGAUAAGUGCGAGGUUUCUGUUAUAAAUACUUUAUUUUCAUGCAAAUAAACUCGUUUGUGUAUCUACGGUUUUGCACUUUUGAAUUGAGGAAUUUUGGAUUUUGCACUCGGAAGUAGCCGAUUGCUGUUUCUCAGCCUGCGUUGAUGGUGGUUUCGUUUGAGCGACGUAAAGAAGGAAGCUUCAUUGGCGUCGACGCCACGAAAACAAGGGGUGAAAUCGGGAGAAGAAUAAUGAAAGAAAGGAGAAACUUUCCCCCUCUUCAUAUCGCUCAUGGCUAUGUUCGCUAGCUGUUAAGUCAGUUAGCGAGGUCGGCGCUGUCGAUUUUGAAGCGACUGAAAUGCGACGUAUAAUCCAGUCUCCAUUUGAUCGUCGUGCUUUGAGUCAUCAAGUCACUCUCUGUGGUUUAAGUUUUGAGUCAGAGAGUGACUAUGGCACGUGUUAAGUUUUAUUUGUCAUGUUUCACUUAUCCAUGUCAUUCCCUACGCUGCAUUCACUUUUCCGGUGGCUGUUCGGCUUCCACGAGAAGAGGGACUGUACGUUUAUAGACGGCCUGAAUAACAAAGUCAACUAAAAACUCAUCUCCAAACUCAUUUUCCUAAUCGACAGGAUGACUGUGCUGCUAAACUUUCGCCUCAGAAAACUCUCGGGACAGCACCGCUAAGUAUGUGAUACAGUAGUCAGAUUUUCUGUGUAGUGAUUGUUNCCAUUACAGCCCACGUCUGAUUAAAAGAAGUCAACUGACGCGCAAUUGCAGCUUGUUGCUUAGUACCCAGUGCAAAUUAAAUGCGUUAAUAAACCAUUUCCGAAAUACCCCGAUCCUUUGCUUAAAAAACGAAGAUAAGUGCGAGGUUUCUGUUAUAAAUACUUUAUUUUCAUGCAAAUAAACUCGUUUGUGUAUCUACGGUUUUGCACUUUUGAAUUGAGGAAUUUUGGAUUUUGCACUCGGAAGUAGCCGAUUGCUGUUUCUCAGCCUGCGUUGAUGGUGGUUUCGUUUGAGCGACGUAAAGAAGGAAGCUUCAUUGGCGUCGACGCCACGAAAACAAGGGGUGAAAUCGGGAGAAGAAUAAUGAAAGAAAGGAGAAACUUUCCCCCUCUUCAUAUCGCUCAUGGCUAUGUUCGCUAGCUGUUAAGUCAGUUAGCGAGGUCGGCGCUGUCGAUUUUGAAGCGACUGAAAUGCGACGUAUAAUCCAGUCUCCAUUUGAUCGUCGUGCUUUGAGUCAUCAAGUCACUCUCUGUGGUUUAAGUUUUGAGUCAGAGAGUGACUAUGGCACGUGUUAAGUUUUAUUUGUCAUGUUUCACUUAUCCAUGUCAUUCCCUACGCUGCAUUCACUUUUCCGGUGGCUGUUCGGCUUCCACGAGAAGAGGGACUGUACGUUUAUAGACGGCCUGAAUAACAAAGUCAACUAAAAACUCAUCUCCAAACUCAUUUUCCUAAUCGACAGGAUGACUGUGCUGCUAAACUUUCGCCUCAGAAAACUCUCGGGACAGCACCGCUAAGUAUGUGAUACAGUAGUCAGAUUUUCUGUGUAGUGAUUGUUGUGACUGCACUAAGUGACAAAUUUGGAACUCAAGUUCGGCCAUUUCUGGGAUUAUGUGCCCAGCCGAGCCACCAUAAUGGCUACCUCUUCUCAGCGGCCGUACAUCACCAUAAGCAUAUUUUGUUCUACACUCCGCAGAGGCUCCAGUCAUUCAGCCAAAAAAAAGAAUAACAAGCGAGAUCGAAUAUUCAAAACAGGCGCGCGCGGGCGCGGACCUCGAAGAGCGAAUUCGCUACUUAGCUUUAGAGACGAGAAGGACACUGGGCCGAGUUAACUUUCGCAAAGACUUCUGGGACUGUUACUUGGGACAGGGAAAAAAUUGACCAAUAGCUGACCGGCGGGUUCCCAGUAACUAUCCCAGAAACAAUUGCGGGACAUAUUUCAGUUCCAGUUCCCUUCUCGUUCUAAAGUGGCGAAUGAAAAAGAGAGUCUGGAAAUUGCUCCCCCCAGAGUUCCUUGCGCUAGCAGUAAAGGGGCCUCUGCGAAGGAAGGGACUAUUUGCACUUCACCAAGCACUAGAUCAGUUGCUUUGUCACGGACAUUCUUAACCCCUUCACUGCAAGUUUUUCCUGCCACGGUAGUCCACUCAAAAACAUCGCACAACUAGUAUUCAGCUGUCAGAGUGGUUACGGUAAAGGAAUUCUUUGACAGACUUUCGAAUUGGGUUUCAAGUCGUGUGGUUGAAAUGGUCAAUUUGAUAACCGAAAAGUCGUCAUAAAGUAAUUUUAGGGAUCCUUCAUAAUGAGAAAUGAAUGUCUAUGCGUUGGGGACUGGAGCAAGAGUACGUACAAAGAGCGUGGUCACUUGUUGCAACCAGUCGAGAGUCAGCAUUUCGCAUACCCAAGAUCUACGAAGUCUUAUCUGAAAACUCGACUAGUUUUUUACCGUCUUAUGAACAUUUUUCCAACAGCUGAAGUUGUUCUGUUGCCUCCCCUGACGCCGUUGUCCGAAACGGCUUAAAAUGAACGGUUUCGAACAUUUCCACGCGUGUACUCUAGGCCCUGCAAUAGCCAUAGUACUUUCAAUCCUAUUACCGACCGAGACCGACAUUCAGGGAAAAACGUAGACGAGAAAGGAGCAGUUACAUGUAAGAGCUUAAGUGUGAAUGGUUACACUUGAGAUUGUUAUUUAUGAAAGCGGUUUCACGAAGGCAGUGAAGGGGUUCUCAUUCAUAAGCACAUUGUGAAAAACACAUACAACCAUUAAAAAUAGUAACAUUAAUGAUAAAGACAACGACGACAACGUGCUGAUUAUAAUGGUAAUGAUGGCAAGUGUGAUAGUGAUAACACUAAUAAUAAUAAUAAUAAUAAUAAUAAUAACAAUAAUAAAUUUUAUUCAAACAUAAUUUACAGAAAUAUUUGAAGUAAGAAUUAAGCACUAUAUAACAUUAAGAAUUAUAUAAAUCAUAAAAAUACAAUCACUGUGUCAAUAAUGAUUUCCCAAAUACAUUCCUUGCGGCUCAGAUGCGAUCAAUAACUCUUGCAGGCAAGCCAGAGUUUUAAAUUAAGUCAUUACAAAAGAGCAUUAUCCGCCUCUGAUAUUAAAAAGAAACAAGCUAAAAAGAAUAAAAUCUCGUAUUCCUAAACGGUCCUAAUUCUAUAAAAAGUUCUUAAAAAAAAUAAAAAAAUAUAUAUAUAGUAAUAAUAAUAAUAAUAAUAAUAAUAAUAAUAAUAAUAAUAAUAAUAGUAAUAGUAAUAAUAAUAAUAAUAACGAUGGUAGUAGUUCUAAAAUAGUAUUAGUUGUGAUAACAAUAAUGGUAAAAUUAUAAUGACAAUUAAUAACGAUUAUUUGACAAUAUUUUUGUAUUUCUUGCAGAGGAGCAAAAUGGACAGCAGCGAGUCCUCAGAAGAAGAAAGUGAUCCAGAAUCUAUUGCUACUGAUGAUGAUGAGAAUGAGGAGGAGGUUACUCCUCCAUCUAAGCGCCGCCCUGUUGUAGUGCCUAAACUCCCUGUUGGUCCCCCGCCGGAAGUGAAACCCAAGCGCGUGGUUCGUCCGUGCCCGAUUUCUCCUCCGCCUCAGUCUUUUAUGUUAGUAAAUGACCAAAAUCAUGUAAUGGGCCGUCAGCUUUGGCUUGAAGUGUUCAGCUUUCUCUCGCAACCUGAGUUGUGCGUGUGCAUGCGCGUAUGUCGUACAUGGAACCGCUGGUGCAUGGAUCGACGGCUCUGGUCAGUUAUUGACCUAUCAGAGAAAAAAGUCGUCAGCGCUGCUGCUCUCAAGGGAAUUGUUCGACGUCAGCCGACCACGCUGAACCUUAGCUGGACAAACGUUACAUUUCAACAACUGAAGUGGCUGCUGAACCGCCUGCCGAGAAUCCGGGAGCUUUAUCUAAGUGGCACGACAGAAGCCACAGUUUAUGCUCUCUCGUCUGUUGUCUGCCCUCGGCUCAAAGUCCUUGGACUAAGCUGGUCCGUGGGAAUCACUGACUCGUUGUUGAAGGAAAUCAUCUUGCCUGUUUCUGACUCCCGCGCAGGUUCUGUGGAGAGCAAAAGCUCGUUUUACAGGCUAACUACUUUAUUUCUUUCCGGAUGUGACGUGACCGGGUCGUCUCUACGUCUUUUGGUUCAGCAUUGCCCGGAUUUGCGCAAGCUCGAUUUGAGCCUCUGCCCUGGAAUAACUGAUCAAGAUAUUGAAAGUGUCUGUGGCCAGGCUUUGAUCAAUGAGUUCCUUCUUAGUGGUUGUGCCAGUCUCACUGAUAAAUGUUUGUCUUUUUUGAAGCUUUUCCCUUCCAUUGCACGCCUUGACCUUCGUUCCUGCACUGGCGUUUCGACUGAUGCUCUGCAAGAAUUUGUUAAAAACUCCAAGGAUGACCUCAAAAUAAUGGAUAAAAAGCUUAUUGUAAUUAAGUAACUUUAGCUGUUAGGCCAGCCAAUUUCUCUUACAGUAUAGACUAUCAAAACAAAUAGUUUUACUUCGUUUACCUAUCCAACACUCCUUCUCUAACUCUCCUACGUCUGUCAUUGUUUCUACUCCCCUCGUUUAGUUAAGUAUUAUUGUUUUUUGAUUUUCAACCGCUUUACUCGUACAAGAGAGAAUGCCUUCUUUCUGUUAAGAAUGCUUUAAAGCACAAUCCUAAAGACAACCAACAUGUCAUGUGAAAAACUUGGAAAAAAAAAAGAUUGAACCAUGUUUAAAUGAUCUUAAUUUCUAAUGGAGUUUUUUUAUGACCACACUGUACAGUUUUUCCACUGAUGGGAGAUGAGAUGUUCUAAUUACAGUACAUUUUAUGCUGCCUUGAUACCAGUUCCGGAUUUGCCAUUUCAUUUUCAGUAACAGCUGAAAUACGACUUUUCGUUAGUGGUUAGUCAUUUCAAAGGCUGAUAGAUUCACGGCCUCAUCAUUUCUCCUACUCCACGCUUCAACAAACUUAGUUUUGCUGAUUCACGACAUUCUUCUUCAUAAACGCCCAAACGUUUGGCCAAAUACGAAAAUUUCAUACCAAUACCUAUGCGUUUAUAUGCAAUCCGCCAAAUUACGUGCACUUCAGGCAUGAUAAAUUGAAACAUAUCAAUGAUUCCAAACGACUAUGGCCGAAUUAGUAAGGUGCUAUGGACCUCGCGUAGGUUCGGUGUGGCUGCAAAACAUUUACGGCCAAGUUGUGACCAGUUGCAUGUUUAGACAGUCUCUUUUCACAUUUUGUCUCAUAGUUACAGCAUAGGUACGGUUUCAGUGACAUCGAAACCUUAUACAACUGGCCUUACACUUACAUUUGAUCUGUAGGCUGGGCUAAUGCAAGAAAAAAAAAUGAAAUCUAAGUUUUCGUUACUUUAGAAUGGUAUACCAUCUUUGUUAUAUUCAAUCAUUCAUUGUCCCGCUUCUCCAUGUGAAUUGUUUUUACUCUGACAUCUCAUUAGACGUUAGUAUCCACAUAUUUGGAGGUCAGAACCACCUUUUAUAGUGGAACGUAAUCAAUCCUUCGAGAAACUACACUACACGGUUUGUUGUGACUGCACUAAGUGACAAAUUUGGAACUCAAGUUCGGCCAUUUCUGGGAUUAUGUGCCCAGCCGAGCCACCAUAAUGGCUACCUCUUCUCAGCGGCCGUACAUCACCAUAAGCAUAUUUUGUUCGACACUCCGCAGAGGCUCCAGUCAUUCAGCCAGAAAAAAGAAUAAUAAGCGAGAUCGAAUAUUCAAAGCAGGCGCGCGCGCGCCGGCGCGGACCGCGGAGAGCGAAUUCGCUACUUUGCUUUAGAAACGAGAAGGAAACUGGGCCAAGUUAACUUUCGCAAAGACUUCUGGGACUGUUACUUGGGACAGAGAAAAAUUUGACUAAUAGCUGACCGGGGCGUCCCCAGUAACCAUCCCAGAAACAUUUGCGGGACAUAUUUCAGCUCCAGUUCCCUUCUCGUUUCUAAAGUGGCGAAUGGAAAUGAGAGUCUGGAAACCUCUCCUCCCAGCGUUCCUUUCGCUAGCAGUAAAGGGGCCUCUGCGAAGGAGAGGGCUAUUUGCACUUCACCAAGCACUAGAUCAGUUGCUUUGACACGGGCUAUUCUUAACCCCUUCACUGCAAGUUUUUCCUGCCACGGUAGUCCACUCAAAAACAUCGCACAACUAGUGUUCAGCGGUCAGAGUGGUUACGGUAAAGGAAUUCGUUUACAGACUUUCGAUUUGGAUUUCAAGUCGUGUGGUUGAAAUGGUCAACUUGAUGACUGAAAAGCCGUCAUAAGGUAAUCGUAGCGUAGCCUUCAAGGCAGGUCACAUUCUCGAGCGAAUCCUUCAUAAAGAGAAUGAAUGUCUAUGCGUAAGGGACUGGAGCAAUAGUACGUACAAAGAGCGUGGUCACUUAUUGCAACCAGUCGAAAGUCAGCAUUUUGCAUACCCCAGAUCUACGAAGUCUUAUCUGCAAACUCGACUAGUUUUUUACCGUCUUAUGAACAUUUUUCUAACAGCUGAAGUUGUUCUGUUUCCUCCCCUGACCCCGUUGUCCGAAACGGCUUGGAAUGAACGGUUUCGAACAUUUCCACGCGUGUACUCUUGGCCCUGCGAUAGCCACAGUGCUUUCAAUCCUAAUACCGACCGAGACCGACAUUCAAGAAAAAACGUAGACGAGAAAGGACCAGUUACAUCUAAGAGCUUAAGAGCUCUUAGGAGCAGUUACAGCUAAGAACUGAAGAGCUUAAGUGUGAAUGGUUACACUUGAGAUUGUUAUUUAUGAAAGCGGUUUCACGGUGGCAGUGAAGGGGUUCCCACUCAUAAGCUCAUUGUGAAAAACACGUAUAACCAUUUAAAAUAGUAACAUUAAUAAUGUAGACAACGACAGAACAGUGCUAAUUAUAAUGGUAAUGAUGGCAAUUGUGAUAGUGAUAACACUUAUAAUAAUAAUAAUAAUAAUAAUAAUAAUAAUAAUAAUAAUAAUAAUAAUAAUAAUAAUAAUAAUAAUAAUAAUAAUAAAUUAUAUUCAACUUUAAAAAUAUGUACAUAAUUUGCAGAAAUAUUUGAAGUAAGAAUUAAGCACUGUACAACAUUAAGAAUUAUAUAAAUCAUAAAAAUACAAUCACUGUGUUAAUAACGAUUUUCCAAAUACAUUCCUUGCGGCUCAGAUGGGAUCAAUAACUCUUGCAGGCAAGCCAGAGUUUUAAAUUAAGUCAUUACAAAAAGAAUUAUCCGUCUCUGAUAUUAAAAAGAAACAAGUUAAAAAGAAUAAAAUCUCGUAUUCCUAAAUUCCUAAUUCUUUAAAAAGUUCUUAAAAAAAUAAAAAUAUAUAUAAUAAUAAUAACAACAACGAUGGUAGUAAUUCUAAAAUAGUAUUAGUUGUGAUAACAAUAAUGGUAAAGUCAUAACGACAAUUAAUAAUGAUUAUUUGACAAUAUUUUUGUGUUUCUUGCAGAGGAGCAAAAUGGACAGCAGCGAGUCCUCAGAAGAAGAAAGUGAUCCAGAAUCUAUUGCUGCUGAUGAUGAUGAGAAUGAUGAGGAGGUUACUCCCCCAUCUAAGCGCCGCCCUGUUGUAGUGCCCAAACUCCCUGUUGGUCCCCCGCCGGAAGUGAAACCCAAGCGCGUGGUUCGUCCGUGCCCUAUUUCUCCUCCACCUCAGUCUUUUAUGUUAGUAAAUGACCAAAAUCAUGUGAUGGACCGUCAGCUUUGGCUUGAAGUGUUCAGCUUUCUCUCGCAACCUGAGUUGUGCGUGUGCAUGCGCGUAUGUCGUACAUGGAACCGCUGGUGCAUGGAUCGACGGCUCUGGUCAGUUAUUGACCUAUCAGAGAAAAAAGUCGUCAGCGCUGCUGCUCUCAAGGGAAUUGUUCGACGUCAGCCGACCACGCUGAACCUUAGCUGGACAAACGUUACAUUUCAACAACUGAAGUGGCUGCUGAACCGCCUGCCGAGAAUCCGGGAGCUUUAUCUAAGUGGCACGACAGAAGCCACAGUUUAUGCUCUCUCGUCUGUUGUCUGCCCUCGGCUCAAAGUCCUUGGACUAAGCUGGUCCGUGGGAAUCACUGACUCGUUGUUGAAGGAAAUCAUCUUGCCUGUUUCUGACUCCCGCGCAGGUUCCGUGGAGAGCAAAAGCUCGUUUUACAGGCUAACUACUUUAUUUCUUUCCGGAUGUGACGUGACCGGCUCGUCUCUACGUCUUUUGGUUCAGCAUUGCCCGGAUUUGCGCAAGCUUGAUUUAAGCCUCUGCCCUGGAAUAACUGAUCAAGACAUUGAAAGUGUCUGUGGCCAGGCUUUGAUCAAUGAGUUCCUUCUUAGUGGUUGUGCAAGUCUCACUGAUAAAUGUUUGUCUUUUUUGAAGCUUUUUCCUUCCAUUGCACGCCUCGACCUUCGUUCCUGCACUGGCGUUUCGACUGAUGCUUUGCAAGAAUUUGUUAAAAACUCCAAGGAUGACCUCAAAAUAAUGGAUAAAAAACUUAUUGUAAUUAAGUAA